AUGUCCGAAAAUCGGGACGAAAUUCUUGCUGACUUUCAGAGCAUAACGGCCAUCGAAGAUGUCGCCGAAGCUAUAUUUCAUCUGGAAGCAUCGAACUGGAAUUUGAUUUCUGCCAUUCAACGUGUACUGCCACAGGAUCCAAAUGAUCGAGCCAGCAGCAACGGAGGGCACAGCACAUCACACAGCAGCAACAGUGCCGGAUCGUCAUCAUUGUUUGCUGGUAAUAGUUCCAGCAUGGGCUUAUACAGCAAUAACCUCAACUAUCUGGACGAGUUGCCAGACGUGGAGGAACAGAUGACGGCUCCGUCCUCACCGGUGAAAACGAAUUUUGCCGUCAGAAAGAAUGCAGGCAACGUUAGUAGUAGCGGUGCGGCUUUUAACAUUUCAGAUGUUGGUGCAUCCUCUUCGCGAUCCAACAGUAACCAUGAUUUUCGCACCGCGCUAAACUAUCUGGACACGAAACCGUUCGAUGUGCUGUUUAACGUGCAGUUUAAAAAUGAACAUCAUCAGAUCAGCAUAUCGAAUCAAGCGACGAUUGGUGAUCUGAAGGCAAAGAUCUUUGACAAAACACGGGUGCCGGUGUGUAGACAGGCGCUGAAAGGAUGGGAACCAGGCAAACAGAAGGAAACGACUAACCUAAGCACUCCACUGAAGGCGCUCAACAUCGUUGGUAAGGAGGUGAAUUUGAAGCUGACCGAUCUUACAGCGGAAGGUUUUAUUGGGGACGUGGAUGUGGAUGCUCAUCCAGCAUUAAAUUUGCAAAUGUAUCUGCUGCACAUUAACGUACAGCCCGGUAACCAGCUGCUGCAUCUGAACUUUCCCGCUCAACAGGAUAUACUGUCGAUCAAAAAUCAUGUGUACACCAUCACGGACAUCCCGGUACGUCACCAGGUGUGGUCUGGCUGGCCUAGCAACAUUACCAACCACACGACGCUGGCCGAGUCGGGCUUGGGACUGGAACAUAAUCUGCUGCUAAAGCGUGCAGAGGAAAGCGCGAUCAAGCCCAACAACAAUAACAACAAUAACAACAACACUAAUAGUAUCAGCAACAGCCAUCUGUUGAAUGCGCUCAGCAGUGCGGGCACUAGCGCCAACAACAGUCACAGCAGCAGUAGCAGCAGUCGUCAUAUGAUGAACUUUGGCAACGAUAGCUUACCGAUCAUUCCAGUGGAUUCGGAGAGCAGCGGCGAGGAGUUUGAGGAUGCGUCGGACUUCAAUAACGAUGACGAUAUCUUCACCGAAACGCCAAUUAUAAAUCAGCAGAAGCGUUUAAUACCGGAUAAUGUGGAUGAUGAAACGAUUGGAAGUAUACAGUUUGUGGAGAAUUUUGCUGAACGCUACGGUCCACAACAUCCGAUGUUCUUCCAGGGUAGCUUGGAAGACGCGCUGAAGGAGGCAUGCCAUCGUCCAUCCGCCCGAGACCGUAAGUUGUUGGCGAUAUAUCUGCAUCACGAUGGAAGCGUGCUGACGAAUGUGUUUUGCGGUCAGCUAUUAGCCUGUGAAAGUAUCAUACAGAUUCUGCUGGAACAUUUCGUCCUUUACGGGUGGGAUUUGUCGUUUGAAAGUAACAAAAAUAUGUUUUUAUCAUCAAUAUCGGCUUGUGUGGGCAUGACGGCUUCGAUAACGGUGCGUAACAUCCCAACCGAUCGGUUACCGGCCAUUCUUGUGAUAUCCAAAAAUCGCAGCCAAUGCGAAGUGUUUCAGGUGAUCUAUGGUAACGUUGGUGUGGAUGAUCUGCUGUCGAAGCUGAUGGAAGCGUCCGAUAUGUACACGGAACAGUUGAAAAUUGAGCUACGCGAAGAAAAUGAACGGUUUGCCCGGGAACAGGUGAAACUUGAACAGGAUGCGGCCUAUCGUGAAAGCCUCGAGGCGGAUCGGGCUAAACAGGAAGCCAAACGGCAGAAGGAGAUGAUGGUGCAGUCCGAACGGCGCCGAUUAGAGUCGGAACGGGCCGAAAACGAAGCAAAGCGUGAGUUAAUCCGUGCGAAGGCACGCAGCACGGUACCGGAUGAACCGCAGCAGAGCAGCGGAGAAAGCAUAACCAAGAUUCGGGUCCGUACACCCGCAGGGGAAAUGCUGGAGCGCAAGUUUACCAUCGAUACACCGUUGGAAUUGCUGUUGAAUUAUAUCACCGCCGAGGGGUACCUGAUCGAUGAGUUUAAAGUGAUCUCUGGGUGGCCUCGUAAAGACUUAACAACACUGAAUCACGAAAGCACACUGAAGGAACUUAAACUAUAUCCGCAGGAAACGUUGAUCCUCGAAGAACGAUGA